CCGGACGCCUGCGCGCAUAGCGACACAUGAACUGUGAGCAGAUAGCACUCGAGGAGCUGCACGUGGAGCGCUUCCAGCUCAAGGAGGUGCUGAAAAUCCUGCUCCACUCCAUCAUUUUCCAGCGGGCGCUCGGCGAGUGCCGGCUCCGCGACGUCGACUCGGAGCUGUUUGACAUCUCGUACGUGCGAUGUGACUCCAGGCUGGUCGAGGCGCGGGUGGAGGAGCAUGCCGAGGCCUUCUCCUCUGCGAUCGAGCGAGGCGCCCGCGUGUCGCUCGCCUUCUUUGAGCGGCGCGCGCGCCAGGCGGCCUUCGGUCUCUUCCGCUCCGAGGAGCGCGUCGUCUGGGAGCGCUGGACCAUCCCGCUGGUCGUCGUGCCGAACUUUGCGCAGCUGCACCGGCACAUGGGCGGCGCGCAGAUGCCGCCGGGCGCGCACGGCGCCGGCCGCUCGACCGAGGCAGACAGCCAGGACGAGGAGAGCCGGAGGCGACAGGCGUCGCUCGAGGCCGUGCUGCGCCGGCGGAUCGAGUUCAUCCUGACCGUCGCGAGCGGGCGGCGAGAGCACAUACCGCCCGCCGACGGCCUCGGAGGAGAGGCUUUGUGGUUCGAGAUCUCUACCGACGCCGACAGCUGGUCCGGCCUCGACUUGCUCAAGCAGCUGCUCUCGAGCCCGCCGCAGCUCGGAUCUGGAUAGCCGAAGGGUUGCACCGGACCUACUGUUGGCCAAACUUAAUAGCCCGCUUUUGAAUAAACAGACCGUGUAUAUUACA